AUGAACGCUGCUGAAAUAUACAAAACAGAAGCCAAUCCGCGUAUUCCCCGGUUCUCCGCCGGCGAUACCGUCCGCGUCAACUUCCGCAUCCGCGAGGGUGAGCGCGAGCGCAUCCAGGCCUUCCAGGGUGUCGUAAUUCGGCUGAACAAUGGCAAGGGCCCAGCCGCCAACUUCACCGUCCGCAGGAUUUCCGCGGGCAUCGGGAUCGAGCGCAUAUUCCCCAUGCAUUCGCCCCUGAUCGAGUCUCUGGAAAUCACCCGCUAUGGCUCGGUGCGCCGUGCCAAGUUGUAUUACCUGCGUGGACUGCAGGGCCGCGCCGCUCGCAUCAAGGAAAUGAACCCGGCACAGCGACGCCGCGCCACCGAGUCCCAGGCCGCUGCCGCCGCCCGCCGUGAGGAGGCAGCCCUCGCCGCUGCCGAAGCCGAAGCUCUGGAACAGGCCGCCGCAGAGGCUGAGGCCGAAGCGGACGCCGCAGAAGCCGUGGCCGAAGAGACGGCCGAUGCCGAGCAGCCCGCAACUGAGGAUGCUCCCGAGGCAGAGGAACCAGCGGCCGAGGCCGACGAACAACCGGUAUCCGAAGAGCAAUCGACGGACGGCGAGGCUGACGAACAGCCCGGGGAAUAA